CAGCGGGAGGAGCGAGGCGGCGGAGAGACGCGCCGUGCGGGCGGCCGGCACCAUGUCGGCGGACGAGGAAGAGCUGAAAGUCCCGGAGGAGAUGUUCAAAGACGUCAAGUUCUUCACGGUGGGAGACAUCGACCCGAAGGUUAUUCAACUUCUGAAAGCUGGGAAAGCAAAGGAAGUCUCUUACAAUGCGCUGGCCUCGCAUAUUAUUUCAGAAGAUGGAGACCAUCCGGAGGUUGGAGAAUCUCGUGAAGUUUUUGAUCUCCCUGUGGUAAAGCCUUCCUGGGUGAUCCUGUCUGUUCGCUGUGGAGCUCUCCUUCCUGUUAAUGGCUUCUCUCCAGAAUCGUGUCAGACCUUUUUUGGAGUUACUGCCUGUCUCUCUCAGGUUUCAUCUGAAGACCGAAAUACGCUGUGGGCUUUGAUUACUUUUUAUGGUGGGAAUUGCCAGCUGAACCUGAAUAAGAAGUGUACUCACUUGAUUGUGCCUGAGCCAAAAGGGGAGAAAUAUGAAUGUGCUUGUAAGCAUGACAGCAUUAAAAUUGUGACACCAGAGUGGGUAUUGGAUUCUAUAGCUGAUAAAGCUAAAAAAGAAGAGACUCCGUAUCAUCCUCGUUUAAUUAUAUAUGAGGAAGAAGAGGAGGAGGAGGAGGAAGAGGAGGAAGAAGCAGAAAAUGAAGAGCAGGAUUCUCAAAAUGAAGCUAGUACUGAUGAAAAGUUAUCAAGUCCAGCAUCUUCGCGAGAAGGAUCACCUUUGGGUGAUCAAGGCUUUUCACCAAAAUCUACUACUGCUGAUAAGGCAAAAGGGGAACUGAUGUUUGAUGAUUCUUCAGAUUCUUCUCCAGAAAAGCAGGAGAGGAAUUUGAAUUGGACACCAGCUGAAGUUCCGCAGGCAUCCACAGCAAAGCGUAGGUUGCCUCAAGGGAAAGACUCUGGGUUAAUUAAUUUGUGUGCCAAUGUCCCACCGGUGCCAGGUAAUAUCUUGCCUCCAGACAUGAGAGGCAACUUAAUGGCUUCGGUACAAGGUGCCCAAAGUUCUGACCGACAGGAAAUGAUGGCUGCGUGGAGUCCAGCAGUGCGGACAUUGAGGAAUAUUACUAAUAGUGCUGAUAUUCAGCAGAUUAAUAGACCAUCAAAUGUAGCACAUAUAUUGCAAUCACUUUCAGCACCUACAAAAAGUUUAGAACAGCAAGUAAAUCAUAGCCAACAGGGACAUCCAAACGCAGUGCUGUUUAGUCAAGUGAAACUAACACCAGAGACACAUUUGUUGCAGCAGACACAUCAAGCACAGCAGCAACAACAGCACCAUCCUCUUUUACAUCUUCAACCUCAGCAACUUAUGCAGUUACAGCAGCAGCAGCAACCCCAGAUCUCCCAGCAGUCUUUCCAGCAGCAACAGACUCAUCAGUUCUCACAACAGCAACAAGUUCAUCAGCAGCACCAGUUUGCACAACAGCAGCUUCAGUUUCCUCAGCAGCAGUUACAUGCUCAACAACAGCUACACCGUCCUCAGCAGCAGCUUCAGUUCCAACAGCAGCAUGCUUUGCAACAGCAACUUCAUCAGUUGCAGCAGCAGCAGCUACAGCAGCAACAGCUGCAGCAGCUUCAGCAGCAGAACCUUCAGCAACAGCAGCUACAGCAUCAGCAACAACAAAUUCAGCAGCAGCAAUUGCAACAGCAGCACUUGCAGAGAUUACACCAACAGCAUCAGCAACAGCAAAUGCAGAAUCAGGCAACGCAGCACUUAACUCAGACAUCCCAAGCACUACAGCAUCAAGCUGUAACCCAGCAGCAGCACCAUCAGCAGCAACAGACACAACUGCAGCAGCAGCCGCUUUUUGGGCACGAUCCAUCAGUGGAGAUUCCAGAAGAUUAUUUCCUACUGGGUUGUGUCUUUGCAAUUGCUGAUUACCCAGAACAGAUGUCUGAUAAACAGCUGUUAGCAACCUGGAAACGGAUCAUUCAGGCACAUGGUGGGACUGUGGACCCUACACUUACAAGCAGGUGUACACAUCUUCUGUGUGAAAGCCAAGUCAGUAACAUGUAUGCUCAGGCUUUGAGAGAAAGGAAGAGAUGUAUUACAGCACACUGGCUGAACUCAAUUUUAAAGAAGAAGAAAAUGGUACCACCUCAUCGAGCCCUUCAUUUUCCAGUGGCAUUUCCACCAGGAGGAAAGCCAUGCUCUCAGCAUAUAAUCUCUGUGACAGGAUUUGUCGAUAGUGACAGAGAUGACCUCAAACUAAUGGCAUACCUAGCAGGUGCCAAAUACACAGGCUAUCUAUGUCGCAGCAACACAGUUCUCAUCUGUAAAGAACCCAGUGGCUUGAAGUAUGAGAAAGCCAAAGAAUGGAGAAUACCAUGUGUAAAUGCACAGUGGCUAUGUGAUAUACUGCUGGGGAACUUUGAAGCUUUACGGCAGAUACAGCACAGCCGAUACACAGCGUUCAGUCUUCAAGAUCCACUUUCUCCCAGUCAACAUUUAGUUCUAAACCUGCUGGAUGCUUGGAGAGUCCCAUUAAAGGUAUCACCAGAGCUUCUAAUGGGUGUGAGGUUGCCUUUGAAACCAAAGCAAAAUGAAUCCAGUCUUCAGCCAUCUUCCAAAAGAGCCAGGAUUGAAGACCUACCACCUCCUACUAAAAAGCUUACCCCAGAGUUGACGCCAAUGGUGCUCUUCACAGGAUUUGAACCUAUGCAAGUUCAACAGUACAUUAAGAAACUGUAUAUUCUUGGAGGUGAAGUAGCAGAAUCUGCCCAGAAAUGCACCCACCUAAUUGCCAGUAAAGUGACCCGCACUGUCAAGUUCCUGACUGCAAUUUCUGUAGUCAAGCACAUAGUAACUCCAGAGUGGUUAGAAGAGUGUUUCAAAUGCCAGAAGUUUGUUGAUGAGCAGAACUUUGUGCUGAGGGAUGCUGAAGCUGAGGUGCUUUUCUGCUUCAGUUUGGAAGAGUCCCUGAAGAGAGCACAAGUAGCUCCGCUGUUCAAGGGGAAGUAUUUUUAUAUUACACCUGGAAUUUGUCCCAGUCUUUCUACCAUGAAAGCUAUUGUGGAAUGCGCAGGAGGAAAAGUGUUAUCUAAACAGCCUUCAUUUCGAAAACUCAUGGAGCAUAAGCAGAACAAAAGUUUGCCGGAGAUAAUCUUGAUUUCCUGUGAAAAUGACCUUCACCUGUGUCGAGAGUAUUUUGCUAGAGGCAUAGAUGUCCACAAUGCUGAAUUUGUCCUCACUGGAGUUCUUACUCAAACACUGGAUUAUGAGUCAUAUAAAUUUACUUGAAGGAAUAGUAAAAUGCCUUAGUGCUUCGGAGUCCUUGGAGCAUUAAAUCCAGCUAUUCAGCCAUUGUACAAAGUAACUAAAACUUCCUGUGGACACUGUUUUCCAGCUGUUUGCCUAGGGAUGAAGAGCAGUUUAAAGCAGGGAAGCAAAAAUAAACUGCAUCAUUUUUAGGAUGUGUAAUUUUAUUAUGAGGAAACAUAAUUUACUAUGUUUUGUAUUAUACUCCCAUUUUAAAAGAUCCCACUUUAGGUAUCACAAUUAGCCAGUUUUUAAGCAUUUUAACGUUAAUGAUGGUACUUCAGCCAAAAGUGUAACUUGGGUGUAAAAAUAAAAGGGCUUGCUGUCUAUUAAAUUAUGGAUGUUGAAGAUGAAAAUGUUUUGUACUUUAUUUUUAUUUCUUAUACUCUAUUUUCUUUUAUAUUGAUAUUUU